GAGUGUGGAGGACCUUAUUUUUUGGAAAUAUGUGCUACAGGCAGCUCUGUGGUCAGUGAAGCUGCUGGUCCUGUCAGUGGUGUAAUUUGACUCUCUUUACAUUCAGCUGCCAUCAUCAUACUGUAACGUGAAAUGCUUGUACAGACUUUAAACCUUUUUCGAUUUCCGAUUUGGCUCUUAAACAUUGGAGCCUGACCUCUGACCUUUCAUCUGCAAUGAACUGUACUCCUAAUGCCACCAUCACUCCUCAGCUGGGACUUGCCCUGAGCCCAAAGGCUGGAGAUGGAGGGACCCAGGAAAGUGGUGGCAGUACAGGAGGCAGUGGAGGACUGUGGGUGACGUCCCUGCUCGGCGCCACACUGAUGAUCAUGUGUGUCAUUGGUGUGGCAGGCAACACAUACACACUCAUCAUUACACGCUCAGCUGCCCUGCGCCGAACAGGCUCCAUGUACGUUUACAUCAUCAAUUUGGCUCUGGCUGAUCUCCUCUACCUCUCCACCAUCCCCUUUGUGGUCUGCACCUACUUUGCCCAUGACUGGCUUUUUGGUGAGGCUGGCUGUCGCAUCCUGCUGAGUCUUGAUCUCCUCACCAUGCAUGCCAGCGUCUUCAUUUUGGUUGCAAUGAGCCUGGAACGAUAUCGUGCUGUGGCAAAGCCCUUCAGGGCUCACAGGUCCUCAUCCCGCAAAAGACGGCUAUCGGCUGGGAUUAUCUGGGGGUUAGCCUUCGUGCUGACGCUUCCCAUGAUGAUAAUGAUCCGACUCAGGGAGGGCAAACCCACUGCAGCAGGUUUGGUGAAGAGGAUCUGCUUCCCUACCUGGACCCCUGAGGCCUACAAAACUUAUAUCACUGUCCUGUUUUUUACAAGUGUUUUAGUGCCUGGAUUGGUGAUCGUUGGGCUGUAUGUUGGGUUAGCCAGACGUUACUGGGCAGCACAGGCUAGCUUGGGAGGUAGCAGCCGCUCUGCCCGCAGGAGAGGACUCAAACAAAAAGUCAUAUCCAUGAUCUUCAGCAUUGUGGUGGCUUACUGGGCCUGUUUCCUACCUUUUUGGGGAUGGCAGUUAGCCAAACUGUUCUCUCUUGAGUCUCUCAAAGCCCUGUCUCCAGCUGCUCAUAAUUAUGUGAAUUUCUUUGUCACGUGUCUGACCUAUGGGAACAGCUGUAUCAAUCCAUUUCUUUACACUCUUCUGACCCGGAACUACAAAGAUUACUUGGCCCAGAAAGGUCAGUCUGUGGGGUCAAGCAGGGCUGACCCCGGGUCAGCCGUGACCACGCCACUGCAGGACCUUUAGUGGAAAAAUAAAUGAUUGCUGAGCAUAAACACUCAAGUGGGAAAAUGUUAUUGACUCAUCAGCCUGAGAUUGGACAUUUUUGUUCCAGCAAUUUUGUACAAAGCCGGUAACUUGUUAUCUUCAGUAGCACUUUCUGCAAACUCUAUGAAUGCUGCAAAUAUAUGUGGUGUGAUGUUUCACAAUCUCUGCUCUGUUGAGAAAGAAAACCAGAACUGUGAGGGAUUCAGAUUAAUUCUGGUGAGUUUUUGCAAAAAUGAACAUGUGACUUCAAGACUUCUUGUUGGAGGGCAAACAGCACAAAUGACACAGUAUAUGAUUUCAGUUCUUUAUUUAACACUCGUCCCUACAUGAACAAAUUCUACUUUCCUGACAUUGAUGGUAUAAUUAAUACAAAUUAGUGAAGGAUAUUUGGGUUCAAAUGUGGCUUACUUUCCUAACUGAACAGGUUUGAACUGAAUUAGAGUAGAAAAAGUAUAAAAAUGGAAAUUUUUCUUACGUUCUGAAAACAUUUUGGAGGAAAUACAGAUCACAAGCAUCGUAGCAGUCAAUUACUCUGCAAUUGCUGUUAAAACAUUUGAAUAAUUGGACAAUAGAAUCAAAUGUAAAGAACUGCUUCAAUUGUUCCUUCAUUUUCCUAUUUGCCAUCCACUUCAUACACACACACACACACACACACAUGUAAAGAACAUUUCAUCUCCUUCCAGGGAAUGUGGUUGCAUUGUGCCACAUUCCUCAGCCUCAGGCCACAGCUCUUUUGAGUCCUGCUGUAAAUUGUCUCUGUAAGAAUGUUCUUCAUCUCACCUCUGUCAUAUAUUGUCCUUCCUUUUGCAUUAUCCUGUUUUAUCCUCUAUUAUCUGCUCUACCCUGACAGUCCAGUCGGUGUACUGAACAUAUUCACACUAAAAGCGAUUAUUGUUAUGUCUUAAUUUGUCCUCAUUUUUUCUUCCUUUUUUUUACAUUACAGUUUUUAUGAGGCCAAUGUUUUAUACCAGUUCUAAAAGUCACCCUUUUGAACAGACUUGAAUGAAUGGGCAGUACUACAGACAUCCUGAUUUAUGGAGAAUAAUACAAAUGCAAUGGAGGCUAUGACCUAUGAUCCUUCACACAUGCAUUGGUUUCUCUGCUUUAUGUUCUGCUUGCACUGAUGCAAAAUUAUAACUAACUGACUGAUCUAAAACCUCUGAAUGUGUCCUCCACUGUAUGUGAGAAGAUACAGAUAGUAUGUUUGUUUU